UUCCUCCGCCUUUUGGGAAUCAUGUCGGGCCAGUCGUUAACGGACCGGAUCGCCGCCGCUCACCACAGCAUGACCGGGUCUGCCAUCAGCAAAGCCGUCUGCAAGGCCACGACGCAUGAAGUCAGCGGACCUAAGAAGAAACACCUUGACUACCUGAUCCACUGCACCAAUGAGCUGAACGUCAGCGUGCCGCACCUGGCGGACACGCUGCUGGAGCGCACCGGCAGCAACAGCUGGAUAGUGGUCUUCAAAGCCCUCAUCGCCACACACCACCUCAUGAUGUACGGUAACGAGAGAUUGAUGCAGUACCUUGCCUCCAGAAACACACUCUUCAACCUCAACAACUUUCUAGAUAAGGCGGCGCUACAAGGGUACGACAUGUCGACCUUCAUCAGACGCUACAGUCGCUACCUGAAUGAGAAGGCGAUGUCCUACAGACUAGUGGCAGUAGACUUCACCAAGAUGAAGAGAGGGGCGGACGGUGUGAUGCGUACUAUGAAUACGGAGAAGCUGAUCAAGACUCUGCCCAUCAUUCAAAACCAGUUGGAUGCACUGCUGGACUUCCAGCCUAACUCCAACGAACUGACCAACGGAGUGAUCAACGCAGCUUUUAUGUUGCUGUUUAAAGACUCCAUACGACUGUUUGCCGCCUACAAUGAAGGAGUCAUCAAUAUGCUGGAGAAAUACUUUGACAUGAAGAAGAACCAGUGCAAAGAAGCACUGGAGAUCUACAAGACCUUUCUCAACAGGAUGACCAAACUGUCUGAGUUCCUCAGAGUGGCUGAGCGAGUUGGGAUAGAUCAGGGCGACAGCCCCGAUCUCACACAGGCUCCUAGCUCUCUCCUGGAGGCACUGGAGCAGCACCUAGCCUCUCUGGAGGGCAGGAAAAUCAAGGAGCUCUCUGCUGCAAGCAGAACCAGCACCUUGUCCAAUGCGGUGUCCACUCUGUCCAAUACUGGGAUCUCUCUCAGCCGUAUGGAGGACAAGACGGAUGACAACAGACUGCUGCAACACAAGGAGGACGGUCCAAAGGUGAUUGACAUUCAGACACCAAAUGUGUCUCCCAGCACCCAGUCCGUGGGCAGUGCCAACAGUAGUGGAGGGACAACCGACCUCUUCUCCAACUCACCUGUUGUACCCAUCAAUAACCAUGUGCCAAACCUGACCAGUGAGCUGUUCACCCUUCAGCCUAGCUUCACUCCCAUCCAGACCACACACACUGUGCCCAACAACAACGCCUGGGGAGGUGACUUCCUGAAGCCGACCCCACACACUCAGAUUCACAGCGCUGGAGCACACUUGCACUGUGGGAAAAUGCUGCCCAGCGAUCUGGACACCUCCUUAGCCAACCUGGUUGGCAACCUGCAGUUUGGGGGGACACCGGCCAAAAAACCGGAGCUCCAGUGGAGUCAGCUGGUAGAGAAAAAGCCAACAGGAGUGAGUGGCUGGCAGUCCAAGACCAUGUGUACCAGCACCAACUGGACCCAUGCCUCCCACCCCAUGGCACCCGCACCUAUGCCCGUCCCUCAGAUGAAUGGGAUGAUCUAUACUGGCUAUGCUCCUGCACCAGUGGCUUUUCCCAUGACGACACCCCAAGUGCCUGUGUAUGGAAUGCUCCCUCCUCAGAUGGGUCAUCAGGUGGGAGGAGUUCCUAUGAUGGCCCCCCAGCCUGUCAUGUACAACCAGCCUGUCCUGAGACCCACCAACCCGUUUGGACCCAUCCCAGGGGCACAGGCUGGUUUCCUGGAUCUAUGUUUAAGAUGAGAUUCCUUGAAGCUUUUAUCAUCACCGAGACCACCUUCCAUUUACAUAAAAUGGACACAGAUGAAGAAGUUUUCAAGACAAUUCCUGAGAUAUGGACCUCUGGUGAUAAAAGCCCAAAACGUG